AUGGAGGUGAUACCCCGAAGAGACAUUGUUGCCUACUCCAACAGCCGAGCCAUUCGCUCGAUUGAUCGUGGCCCUUUGCAAGGCUGGACACGACAUGUCCAGGCUCAAGCGAAGGCGGGUGUGGAUCGGGUCAAGACGGCGAUCAAGUACCAAGACAAGUCAGGCAAAUCCCGCUAUAAAGGAGCUGGUGCUGCAUUGAAAGCUACAGAGAAUUAUCCCAGGGAAUUUGGGGACAAGCUGGUGGACAUAUACUCGGAAAUGAUUGCGCACAAGAGUGGAAUGCCAGUCCUCCCUGAGACCCUUCCAACGGCAGAGCAAACUUUUGAACAAAUGGUGUUCGAUGAUUUGUGGGCUGAUGCUCACCUUCAGUCUGUUGUCCAGUGGCUGCGUGGGAGCCAGGGACUCAGAAUCCCUGAAAGCUUCCGAGCGCUUUUGCCGCCAAGACUCUAG